GGGGAUGAAUUUGGGGGUGACAUUUCUUUAUAACACCCAGUCUGUCCCUUCAGUCCUCACUCAGACUGUCCCAUUUUCUUUCACUUCUUGCACGCUGUGAACUCCAGAAACACCAUGUCAAAUCUCUUUAGAUCAAUGGUUACGGUGAUUAAAGUCUUUUACAAAUACUCAGAAAAGGAGGGAGACAAAAAGACCCUGAGCAAAAACGAGCUCAAGGAACUUCUCAUAAACGAGAUGGGACCGAUCUUUGAGAACGCCUCUAACCCGGCCGACCUGGACAAGAUUUUUAUGGCUCUGGAUGCAGAUAGAAAUGGCACUGUGGACUUGAAUGAGUACAUCAUCAUGGUCACCAGCAUUAUUAUGCUUUGCGAGGAGACCUUCCAAAAAUAUAAAUAAAUAUAAAGUAUAUUUAUAAUACCAUGAUAAAUUACUUCGCUUUUAUAACAGUACAGAAUACUAUAUAAAAAAAAAGAAAUCUGCCUUAGUGUGUGAUAAGAAGCCACUUCAGAUCACAACAACUGUUAUUGUCCCUCCAUUCUAAUAUUAAGCUAACACUAAAGUUAACAACACAUCUCUCCAUUUUCUCUAUUCGAUACGUUUUUGUUUUUUUUUACACACAUUGUAUUUUUAUUUUUAUUAUCCCACUGGCAUUUCAUUUGAUUUAUUUUGGUGUAAAUUUUUUUUUAAUUUUUUUUUUGUGAUCAGACAAGUUGCAAAUUACUACAUUAAUAUAAACUGCAUUAAUCUUUCUUGGAUCUCAUAAAAUAUAAACAUUUCCAUUAUGUGUCUCCAUCUUGUGGUGGAACUUAGAACUCUUUCUUGGGCACUCGGAGCCAAAAAAAAUGAACUUUUAUCUCAAAUUCAAAGAAUGUUCAAGUUCAAACUUAAUCUCACAGAAUGGAUUUGUUUUAUAACAUUCACAAGUUUCAUUUAUUUUUAAUUUCAGUUCACUCACUUGGUAACCAAAUAAAAAUGCCUUUUUGAACAAAGAUUAGUGCACAGUGCAUAAAUUGUUUUCCAGAUUCUUAUGGCGGGAUUGUGGUUUAUAUUUUAAGAACAUUUACAAAUAUCUACUGUAUGUCUUACAAACACCGCAAUACUAUACAUUACUCAAUUUUAGUAAUAAUGUUGAUGCAAUUAUGUGCUAAUCAUCAUUUUUGUAGGUUGAGGUUUGGGGGCUGGGGCUGUCUCUCAAGGCUCUUGGAAUCGUUCUAAACUCUAAACUGUUACUGAUUCUGAUGACUUUAUUCAUUUGUAACAUUUGUAACAAGAGAACACAUCAAAAUAAAUAAAUAAAUAAAUACAUCAAAUAAAAAUAA